AUGCCAGACGGGGGAGGUUGGAGUACCAUCGAGUCAGACGAGGGAGUUUUCACUUCAUUGAUAGAAAAUCUUGGCGUCAAGGACGUCCAGUUCGAAGAGCUUAUAUCCCUCGACGCAGACACAAUCAGAUCAUUAAGCCCGGUGUACGGCGUAAUCUUCCUCUUCAAAUGGGCCAGCGGCCAAUCGCGCAACUCCGACGUCCCGCAGGACGGCACGUACGACCGCGAGGCAACAGACAACGGGCUCUUCUUCGCCGCCCAAACGAUCCAGAACGCCUGCGGCACGCAGGCCGUCCUCUCCGUGAUCCUCAACCAAGACUCCCUCCUCGCCGGCCGGCCCCAGCAAUCGCAAGCAGGCACAGGCAUCGACAUCGGGCCCGAGCUCCGCGCCUUCAAGGACUUCACGACGGGCUUCCCUCCAGACCUGCGCGGCGAGGCGCUGAGCAAUUCUGCGCUCAUCCGCAACUCGCACAAUGCCUUUGCGCGCGCGUCGCCGUUCGUCGAUGAAACGUCGCGUCCGCCGGUUUCGGAAGAGGACGCGGAGCUCUACCAUUUCAUAGCCUAUACGCCGUUCAAUGGUGUUUUGUAUGAGUUGGAUGGGCUGCAGCCGUUCCCUAUUAGCCAUGGACCUUGCGAGGAAGGCGCGUUUCCAGAAAAGGCUAUUGAGGUCCUGCAGAGGAGAAUUGCGAGGUACCCGGAGGGGGAGAUCAGGUUUAAUCUGAUGGCGGUGGUGAGGGAUUUGAGAGUGAAGGCGCAUGAGAUUGGGGAUGUGGAGAUGUUGGAGAGGGAAAAGAGGAAGAGAAGGGCGUGGGAAUGGGAGAAUGCACUGAGGAGGUGUAAUUUCGUCGGGUUUAUUGGGGAGGUGGCGAAGGGGGUGGUGGAGAUGAAGCUUAAGGAGGGUGAGGACGGCUACAAGAAGUGGGUAGAGGGGGCGAAGAAGGAGACACAGCGGAGGCUGGAAAUGAGAAGAGGAAGAGGAGGAGGUGGGGAUGACUUCGAGUAG